AUGGCACAACAGCAAUUGAUGUAUUAUUGCAACAAUGAAUCAGAUGUUGAAAUGAAUGAUUAUCCAACAGUUCAUCCAAUAUUAACACAAUCUAUUCAAGAAUCUUUUCAGCCACCAUUUGUUCGAAUCUAUCGUUUACAAAAUAUUCUUGCUUAUCAUCGUAGUUUACAAGGUCUAUCUUCUCGUCUCAAUAUUUGUACUGAGCAAUAUGCAUCGUCCUCCUCGGUGCUAAAUACCAUGACAACCUUAAAAAGCCCAAACUUACUCAAUGAACAUUCGGAUAUAAUUUCAAAUCAACAUAUGUUUACACUUGAACAAGAAGGAAUAAACAUUAAUGAUGUUGAUUGGGAAUCUAUGCCAUCUGAUGAUAAUGAAAAUGAUGGCAUUUCGGCUCAUACCAAUAGAAGCAAUCAGAUUCAAUCCGAUGAGAAUCGGGACCAUUUUGAUUAUUACUCAUCAUCACCAUACAAUAAUUCUAGUUCGCGUUCGGACAAUGUUCCAAAAACUGAGUAA